AAAUCAGUUACGAUUCCUCAAAAUUAUAUGUAUUGAUACAUACUAUGUUAUUAUUAUAGUAUUUUUUGAACUACUAAAUUCUUAACUAAAUUAUGAUAUCAGAAUUAAAGUUAAAAAUUUUUUUUUUAAUGUCAGUUAAGUUAACUAAAUGAUUUUUGUGAAUAAAUAUUUUUUAAAUCGUCUCGAUGGCAGAAACUCUACAAGAACGUCAAAUAAAUGAAUUGGAAGCAUUACAGUCCAUUUUCAAUGAUCAACUUAGGAAUAACAAUGAACAAAUGAAUGGAAAUGAAUGGAAACCUCUAAAUAUUACUAUUACUGUUUUACCUGAGAGUGCAAUUUAUAUGCAACAGAAUAAUACACAGGUUGACCUGCAUAUUAUGGCAUCAAAAAACUAUCCUAAUGAAAUUCCUUUAAUUAAUCUUGAAAAUGCUAAAGGAUUACCUAGAAAUUAUCUAUUACGUUUGGAAAAAAAAUUAAUCGACUUAGCCUUUAAAAAUGUUGGAGAAGUAAUGGUAUUUGAACUUGUUCAGUAUAUACAGAGUUUUUUGUCUUUAAAUAAUAAACCUCACUAUGAAUCUUUUUACGAUGAAAUGAUGUCUAGAAAACAUCGUAAGGAGCUAGAAGAAAUACAUACUAAAAAGCAAAAAGAAGAACUCACAAGACAACUUAUUUUUAAUGAAAUAUCUAAGAAACGAGAAGCAUUAAAAGAAGAACAUAGAAUGCAUAAAAAUCAAUCAUUAAAAAUUUCAUGUGAUCUUUUUUGGGAAGAUGAUGAAGAUAAUUAUUGUGAAAAAGAUACUGAAAUUAAUGAGGAUCCAUUAAAAAAAAACAAAAAACAGUUAAAAGAUCAAAGUAUGUGGUCUGAUGAUAGCCAUGAUUUUUUGUAUUCCAAUUUUGUAUCCACUGGAUCUAGACUUGACAAAGAAUUCAUUAUACUUGAUUGGCUUGGUAAAGGAGCUUUUGGAGAUGUUCUUAGAGUUAAAAAUAAAUUAGAUGAUUGUUUAUACGCUAUAAAAAGAAUUGAAUUAAAUAGGAAAAAUAAAAACUUAAAUAAAAAAAUUACUAGAGAAGUAAAAUUACUAUCUCGACUUAACCAUGAAAAUGUAGUGAGAUAUUUUAAUUCUUGGAUUGAAGUAGCUAAUAAAAGUCAAAAAGAAACACCAACAAAAAAUAAAAUAGUAAAAACAUCUGACCUCAAUCCCUUAAAAGAUAUUAGCUGUAGUUGGAGACUUUCUAAUUUAGUUGAAGAAAUAAAUAGUAGUAGUUCUGAUGAUGAUAGUGAUUGGAUAACAUUUAAACAUUCUUCAUGCUCAGCACAGAAUUCUGAAUUUUCUACAACAAAGUUUAAUGAAAAUAGUUGUAAUCAAAAAGAAAACAAUAAUUCAUUUGAUUCAAUUGAUCAAUUUAUGUAUAUACAAAUGGAAUUUUGUGAAAAAAGUACUCUACGAAAUGCUGUAGAUAAUGGAUUAUUUAAAAAUCCAAAAAGAGUAUGGAGAUUAUUAAGAGAAAUUGUUGAAGGUUUAUCUUAUAUUCAUCAACAAGGUAUAAUACAUCGUGAUCUUAAACCUGUUAAUAUAUUUAUUGAUUCAGAAGAUCAUGUGAAAAUUGGAGAUUUUGGUCUGGCCACAACAAUUAUUCAAAGGCAUAUAGCAGAUAUAGACCCAGCAAAUGUUGCUGAAAUUUUAGAUGUUGACACAUCUCAAACAGGAAAUAUUGGUACUGCUUUAUAUGUUGCUCCUGAACUAAAUAUUUUGGGCCCAAAAGCAGUGUAUAAUGAAAAAGUAGAUAUUUACAGUUUGGGCAUAAUAUUUUUUGAAAUGUGUCAUAAACCUUUUGAAACGGAUAUGGAACGAAUAAAAGUACUAACUGAUUUAAGGUUAUAUGAUUGUAUACUACCAGAAGAAUUUCUAAAAACAGGGGAACCUACUCAAAAACAUAUUAUUAAGUGGUUAUUAAACCAUGACCCAUGUAAACGGCCAAAUUCAAUAGAGAUUCUACAGAGUCAGUACAUCCCCCCUCCACAGCUAAAAGAUACUGAACUUCACGAAAUGGUGAGAAACACGCUAUCAAACUCAAAAAGUAAAAACUACAAACAUCUUAUUGAAGCUUGUUUCAAUCAGGAAGUUUCUCCUGUUGAAGAUAUAAUUUUUACAAUGUCAACUGGUAGAAAUGUGCUUCAUUACGUCCAUAUUGAUAAAAUAAUAGAUUUAGUAAAAGAAGUCUUUCAACUUCAUGGAGGAAUUAUGUUGUACACUCCAUUAUUAAUGCCUGCUCUAAAUGGUAUGGUCAAUGACAAUACAGUAACUAUGAUGGCACGUUGGGGUGGAAUGACUUGUAUACCACACAAUCUUAGAGUACCAUUUGCUAGAUUUUUGGCUCAUAAUCCAAGUAUAACUAACUUGAAACGAUAUUUUAUUGAUCGAGUAUACAGGCAAAGAAGAGUUUAUGGAGUUCAUCCAAGAGAACUUUAUGAAGCUGCCUUUGAUAUAAUCAGCUCAUCACAAGGUGAUUUAUUUGCUGAAGCUGAAUUACUAUCAAUUGCAUCAGAAAUUUUAAAUAAACUUAAAGAUUUUAAUCAAAGUAGUUGUGUAAUAAAUUUAAAUCAUACAUCUUUAAUUCAAGGAAUUUUAAUGUAUUCUGGUAUAGAAAGAGCUCGCCAUUUAGAAUUAUGUAGCCAUUUUACUAAACUAAAGAAUAAAAACAGUCUGAAAUCAGAACAAAUUGAAGAAUUAGAAGAAUUAGGAUUUGCUAACCAUCAAAUAAACACUGCAAUCAAUUUUUUUUCUAUGGAGCUCCCUUUUAAUGAUAUGAUCGAAGUUUGUAAAAAAAUUACUAUUCGUAAAUCUAAAUGUGGAGUAUUCUGCAGAGAAGGUUUGCGGCAACUUGAAACUGUUAUAAAGCACAUUCAAAAACUCAAUAUACAAUUUUCUAUUGUUAUAAAGCCUGGAUUGCUUAAUAAUAUGCAAUUCUACUCUGGUUUAUUCUUUGAGGUAAUUUACGCAAACAAACAUAAAAAAAAAGUCACAGAAUAUGAUAUUUUAGCUGCUGGAGGAAGAUAUGACAAACUCAUAUCUGCGCUCAGAAAAAAUGUAGAUUUAUCUAGUGAUAUAAAACAAACAGCUACAGGAAUUAGCUUUUCAUUAGAUAAACUUGCUGCUUUGUUUCAAACGGAAUCUUCAGGUAUUGAUGUAAUACUUUGUUCAUCAUACAGCAACAGUAAUAUGACUGAAGAAAAAUUAAAUGUUGCUAAUGAAUUAUGGAAAAUGGGAAUUAAAAGUUUAGUUUUAGAUGAUGAACAGACCAUGGAACAAAUUCAAGAUUAUUGUAAUGAAUUAUGUGUAUCAAAUAUUGCCAUGCUUAAAGAAACAAAAUCUAUACUAUUUAGACAUCUCUUGGAAGAAAAGUUUCAAGAUAAAUUGAUGAGCAUCUCAGAAUUUUUAGAAUCCAUGAGACGUAAGAACCGUCAGAAUAGUGUUACUAACACUAAUACUCAAGUAAAUAUUUCAAUUAAAAAUGAAAAUAGACUAAUAUCCCAGCAAGACAAUCACCAUGUCAAUAUCAUAUUUUUUACUGAAGAAAAAUUAUCAACCAAUAUAAAAAGACGUUAUGAAAAUCAAAUAUCCAAUGCUGUAUCUAAGACAUUAAUGAAAUUGUCAUCAAAAGUCCGUGUAGAAAUAUUAGCAUUGAAUGUUGAUGCAGAGUUAAUAAAAUGCCUAGGUUCGCUGACUGAUUUGUCUAAUAUUGAAUCAGAUAUGUCCAUUUUUUCAAAAAAGUUUUCACAUCACAAAAAAGACUUAAACAAAAUUUGCGAUUACCUCAUAAACUCUAAGCAGAAAUAUACUGAUACUGUUUUUGUAUUUUUUACUCUCAGAGGAAAUAUUUUUAAACUACUAAUUUGUUAAAAUUAUAUAUGUUAAUUUAUUUAUUAAAAUUUUCAUUUUGUCAAUUUUUAACUUCAUUACUUCAACAUUUUCUUCACUUUAUGUAUUUACAAUCUAAGAUAUUUCAUACCGAUAUUUUUAAAAGAAAAUUAUUAAAUUUUUGAGUUAAUGUUUAUUUUUUUAUCAUAAAAACUAAAAUGAAUGAAUAAUGUACCUCCUUGUAGAGAGGGAUCAAAAAAGGUAACUUUUGAAAAUAUUGUGAAAAUCCUGACAUCUUUAUUUAUAAAAUAAACUUAAAAGUAAUGUACUUUA